AUGCCAGAGACGUCGGUUCCAGCGCCGCCGAGCACCGUCUCGCGCCCCGUGAGCGAGGCACUUUUGAACGAGAAGUGGGACCGCUGCCUCUCGAACAUGCUCAUAAAAUCGUCGCUGGGCCUGGGCUUCGGCGUCGUCUUCUCGGUGCUGCUGUUCCGCCGGCGCGCGUGGCCGGCAUUUGUCGGCGUGGGCUUCGGUGCCGGCCGCGCCUACGAGGAGUGCAACUACAGCCUGAAGCAGGCGUCGAGGGACCUCAAGAAGAAGGCGACCUAA